AUGGGGGUCAUCAGUGAUUCCCACCUGAAGAAUUCCAGGGACCUCAACAGACGUCGUCAGAGUUCCGGCUACGAGUACGUCUUCAGCAGUGACCGGGUGUUCGGUUCACAGUUCCCGAACGGCUCCUGGAAUGGCUUAAUGCGGAUGCUGACGGAAGGGGAAGUUGCAAUGUCCGGCGUGGUCCUCUCCAUCGACGAAGCGCGAGCUAGCGCCGUGGACUUCAGCGACCCCUUGCACCUGGACGAUCAGGUGUUCGGCUACAAGCGGCCUGUCUACGAGGCCGACGUCUUGGGAUUCGUCAGGCCUUAUACCAUCACGACCUGGAUCCUGCUUCUGCUGGCCAUGAUGGCCAUAUUCGCCGGCGUUCUUGUGAUUCAUCACUCUCAUGGCAAGCUUGUCUCCAAGGAGGCCAAGAGUGGCGUGGCCAGCGAAGGAGGGGCGCCAGCUGAGAAUACCGAGGACCAGGUGGUGACCAGUGUGUCCUUGGCCUACCAAUGGACGCUGACCAUCCUGCUAGCCCAGUCCUUGCCGAAAGCCCCGAGGGACACCUCCCUGCGGGUAAUCAUGGGGCUCUGGCUCGUCGGCGCCCUCAUCGUCGGCUCUGUGUAUCGCUCCAACCUGAAGGCGAUGCUCACUCUGCCCAAACUCCGCCUGCCUUUCAACAGCCUGGACGACCUCGUGGAAACCGACAUACCGACUUACAUAACGGAAGGGAGCAUGUUGCAUCAGGCUCUUAUGGUAGGCGCUUAA